UCAGGCUUGUGUUUCUUUAAAAAAUCCUCCCAUCCAGACUCACCGGUUGUUCACACAGGCUUGCUGUAGCAUUGUCAUUUCAUCAUCUCUGCCUGGGUCAUGGCUACUCGUUCUGUUGAAGAUUCCUUCCCUUUACACGGGCUGUUGCCGAAAAAGGAGACCGGCGCUGCUUCAUUCCUGACCAGGUUUUCUGAGUACGAUGGACGGGGAGUGCUAAUCGCUAUCCUGGACACCGGGGUAGACCCGGGGGCGCCGGGCAUGCAGACCACCACAGAAGGCAAGCCUAAGAUUGUGGACAUCAUCGAUACGACAGGCAGUGGCGACGUCAACACGUCCACGGUGGUGUAGCCGAAAGACGGAGAAGUGAUCGGACUUUCUGGACGCACGCUCAAGAUCCCUCCUGCCUGGGUGAACCCAUCAGGAAAAUAUCACAUCGGUGUUAAAAAUGGUUAUGAGUUUUUCCCCAAACCUCUCAAAGAGAGGAUACAGAAAGAGCGCAAGGAGAAGAUGUGGGACCCGGCUCACAGAGCAGCUCUCGCCGAGGCCAGUCACAAGACAGAGGAGUUUGACCUGGCUCAUCCCAGCCCCUCACAGAUGGAGAAGCUGCAGAAGGAGGAGUUGCAGAGCCACAGUGAGCUCUUGGGCACCAUGGAGAAGAAGUACAGUGACCCUGGGCCUGUGUACGAUUGCAUGGCUUGGCAUGACGGCAUCACCUGGCGGGCAGUGGUGGAUACUUCAGAGACUGGAGACCUGGUGUCCUGUAAUGUGCUCAGCUCCUACAGAGAAAGACAGGAAUAUGCCACACUUGGAGAUGCAGAGAUGCUCAAUUACUCCAUCAACAUCUACGAUGAGGGGAAUACUCUCUGCAUUGUCACUAGCGGAGGUGCUCAUGGGACUCAUGUCGCCAGCAUAGCUGCAGGUUUCUUCCCCGAGGAGCCAGAGAGGAACGGUGUGGCCCCCGGCGCACAAAUCUUGGCGCUGAAAAUAGGGGAUACUCGACUGAGUACAAUGGAGACAGGAACAGGCCUCGUCCGUGCGAUGAUCGAGGUCAUUAACUACAAGUGUGAUCUUGUGAACUACAGCUAUGGCGAAGCAACCCACUGGCCAAACUCAGGGAGAAUUUGUGAAGUGAUCAGCGAGGCAGUGCAGAAACAUAACGUCAUGUAUGUGUCGAGCGCUGGGAACAACGGGCCGUGUCUCUCCACUGUGGGAUGUCCUGGAGGAACCACCAGUAGUGUCAUAGGCGUUGGUGCUUAUGUCACACCUGACAUGAUGGUGGCAGAAUAUUCGCUGAGGGAGAAACUGCCUCCUAACCAGUACACAUGGUCCUCAAGGGGUCCCAGUACUGAUGGAGCUCUAGGUGUUAGCAUCAGUGCACCUGGUGGAGCCAUCGCUUCUGUGCCAAAUUGGACAUUGCGCGGUACGCAGUUGAUGAACGGCACAUCCAUGUCCUCUCCCAACGCCUGUGGAGGCAUCGCACUCAUACUCUCAGGUCUGAAGCAGAACGGGAUGCAACCCACAGUCGCAGCUAUGAGACGUGCUUUGGAAAACACAGCUCAGAAAGUGGAUGACAUUGAAGUAUUUGCGCAGGGUCAUGGCAUUAUUCAGGUGGAAAAAGCGUUUGACUACCUCAUGCAACAUGCUUCCACUCCCACCAGUAACCUGGGCUUCACAGUCACUGUAGGGAAUCAGCGGGGCAUCUACCUCAGGGACGCCGUCCACGUCUCCACUCCCUCUGAUCACGGAGUUGGCAUUGAGCCAGUAUUUCCCGAAAACACCGAAAACUCAGUACGAAUCUCGCUGCAGUUGCAUCUGGCGCUCACAUGCAGCGCGUCGUGGGUUCAGUGCCCUUCUCACUUGGAGCUCAUGAACCAGUGCCGUCACGUUAACGUGCGCGUCGACCCACAAGGACUUCGAGAGGGAUUGCAUUAUACUGAGGUGUGUGCUUAUGAUACCUCUGCACCCAGUGCUGGUCCCCUCUUCCGAGUCCCAAUUACAGUUAUAAUUCCCACAAAGGUGCCCGAGAGCCAGAAUCAGGAGGUUUCCUUCACAGACGUUCACUUCAGACCAGGCCAGAUACGCCGCCAUUUUAUCACCGUCCCUCAAGGAGCCUCAUGGGCCGAGAUCACCUUAACGUCUCACUCCCCUGAUGUCUCCUCCAAGUUUGUCCUCCACGCGGUGCACUUGGUGAAGCAGAGGGCUUACCGAGCUAACGAGUUCUACAAAUUCUCCUCGCUGCUGGAGAAGGGCUCGCUCACCGAGGCUUUCCCUGUGCUGCCUGGGCGAACGGUGGAAGUGUGCGUCGCUCGAUGGUGGGCCAGUCUCGGUGAUGUCACUGUAGGCUAUACCAUUUCAUUCCAUGGGCUUCAAAUGUCUCCCUGUCCUCUUCAUAUACAUGCUUCUGAAGGCAUAACCAGUUUUGAGGUGUGUUCUCCUAUUCGAUAUGAGGAGGUCUCACCAACCAUUACCCUGAAGAACUGGGUGCAACCCCUUAGGCCAAUAAGUUCAAAAACAAAAGCGCUCGGCUCCAGAGACGUCUUGCCCAACAACCGUCAGCUUUAUGAAAUCGUCCUUACAUACAGCUUUCACCAGCCUAAAAGCGGAGAGGUGACCCCCAGUUGUCCGCUACUGUGUGAGCUGCUCUAUGAGUCUGAGUUUGACAGCCAGCUCUGGCUCCUGUUUGACCAGAACAAGAGACUCAUGGGCUCUGGAGAUGCUUAUCCUCACCAGUACUCUUUGAAGCUAGAGAAAGGCGACUACACGGUCCGGCUGCAGGUUCGUCAUGAGCAGCAGAGCGAGUUGGAGCGACUGAAGGAUCUGCCUUUUAUAGUGUCUCAUCGGCUGUCCAACACGCUGAGCCUGGACGUGUACGAGACGCACCGGGCGGCACUGCUGGCAAAGAAGAAAGGGAACUCUCUCACUCUUGCACCAGGAGCCUCUCAGCCAUUCUACAUCACCUCUCUAUCAGAUGACAAGAUACCUAAAGGUACAGGUCCGGGCUGCUACAUGACCGGCUCUCUGAUUGUACCGAAGAGCGAGUACGGGAAAAAAGCAGGCCAAGCCUCAGCCAAACGACAAGGAAAAUUUAAAAAGGACAUCGUGCCAAUUUUCUACCACCUGAUUUCAGCCCCUAACAAAUCAAAGAACGGUGGGAAAGAGAAGGACAAGGACGGAGAGAAGGAGAAGGAUGUAAAGGAAGAGUUCACUGAAGCCCUCAGAGACUUGAAGAUCCAGUGGAUGACAAAGUUGGACAAUAAUAUUUUAUAUGAUGAACUGAAGGAGAACUUUGCAAAUUAUCUCCCUCUCCAUGUUCAAAGACUACAUCAGCUGGAUUCAGAGAAGGAGCGACUGAAGCGAUUGCAAGACAUUGUGGCAGCAGCAGAUAUUGUUAUCUCUCACAUUGACCAGACUGCACUGGCGGUGUAUCUCACAAUGAAGACAGACCCUCGUCCAGAUGCAGCCUCUAUAAAGGGCGACAUGGAGAAGCAGAAGUCGUCACUGCUGGACGCUCUCUGUAGGAAAGGCUGUGCUCUGGCUGAUCAGAUCAUGCAGCCUUCAGAGCAGGAAGGGGCGAGUGCCAGUGAGGUGGGCAGCUCAGAAGAAGACCCACACGGAGUGGCGAAAGCACUGUCCGACACUUUCUGGGAGGUUCAAAAGUGGGCCGAGCUCACGGAUUCUAAGGUUCUGUCGUUUUCCUACAAACACGCCUUAGCAAGUAAAAUGUACGGAAGGGCCUUGAAAUACGCUUCUAAAAUUGUAGAGGACAAACCCAGCAAAGACAACUGGAAAAACUGCAUUCAGCUGAUGAAGUCUCUGGGCUGGACGCACUGCGCCACCUACACUGAGAACUGGCUUCCCAUCAUGUAUCCCUCAGACUACACACCUUUUUAAACCAAGAUUUCUCUGCACAAAUGCAGUAGCAGGUUUUAAAGACUAUUGAUGUGGUCCAACGUGGAUCUUGUUUGUUUUUUCUUUUUUUUUUUAAAAUCAGUUUCACUCAGAACUGCAGGUUCACGUGGGACAUAAAGGUCAACAUGUCACUACCAUAUCAUAAUCCUCCGGUCACAGAUUUCUCUUCUGUAUAUUUCGUGGAGUCGUUCUUUCGUUCUUCGUGUUCUCUUUCAGUAGGUGUGUAGGAGGAGGAGAUGCUGCUCGGUCGAUUGUUAUUUUUACAUGUAUAUCGUCUCAAAUCUGUUCCUGUAGAGAUUGUUUUUUAUCCUUUAGAGUGCCAAUUUAUUUAAUUUUUCCAUUUAUCUCAAGAGGGAGAGAGAGAGAGAGCAGGACGUCCUCUUCUGACUGAAUGCGUUUAAAUGUAGAACCCGGGGUCAGAAAUGCACACGAUUAUAUAAAGGCAAUAUAAAUAUAUAUAAACCUACUUUUCCCCGAUAUACAGUAUAUGAACAAUGUAUGCAUGUUUUUAUAAAGUCUAAGAGGUCUGAUAACAUACAGCUUUCAGUCACUUAUGUCAAGAGCAAAUUGAACUGGGCUUUUAUACUGUAUAAUGGAGUUCAUGUCUUGCCUUUUUAUGAGUGAAAGUAGGGAAGGUUUUGGUGUGUGCGUGUGUGUUUGCACUCAAAAUGUGUAUUUUUAAUUUAUUUAUUUUGGGAUUUUUUGCAUAUGCUUACAAAGUUUGCUUGGCACAAAUGUACCUGUUUAAUUCUAGUCAAAUUUAUUGAGUUCUACUGAUGACAGCCCGGUUAUGACAAUGCAAUAACAUGCCUUUUAAAAAAUAAACAAAAAAACAGUUACUGCUGGAAUGUAUCUUAUUCCAUAUAUUUAAAGAAAAUCUCCACCAUGAAUAUGACUAUUUCUGCAUCAUAUAGUGUUAUUUAUGUCUAUUUUUGAGUCCCCAAAAGAUGUAAAAAAAAAGAUUCCUGGCGUGUUUCAACACACUCGGAGAAUAAACCGGAUUCUGAUCAACUGGGUCAUAUAACAGAUUGUUCUCGUUAUAAAACAGAGCAGCAGUCAACCGCUAACACCUCACGGGAAUGACGGAAUCAUAGAAAUGUGGCAACCACCAGCAAAUUCGCCUCAGAAUCACAGGGAACAUUUUAAAGGAAAUAUUUGAAAAUGCAUGGUGGAGAUUUCCUUUUAGUCAGGAUAGAAUCGAAGGUGCAGUCUAAACUGAUCAUAGUAGUAAAUCUGUGUGUUCUUUAGUAUGUUUAUAUGGUAAAGAUACACAUGCUUUAACUUCUUUAGAUCAGCUUUCAAGCUCCAGAAUCUUCUGAGUGGGGUUUAAUAAGUCAAAGUAAUUGCCCUUGAGAAUGUGGUGCUUUACAGGCAGUUAAUAGAAGUGUCAGAUUUACAGCUGUGUUUAUGGAAGUGAGACAAAAUCGCUGCUGUGGGUGACCGAUGGGAAUCGUUGCCAAAAAAAAAAGCAUGUUGUAAGCUUUUCCUUUUAGUGUGUCUGUGGAUACUGUACUUAUCAGCACUGAUCAGAAAAUCAGUGAAAUUUUAGAGGAUGUCAUACAUCUCUAUGGAUCAUAUUUCACUUUGUUGAACUUAUCCUAGCUUGUGAGUAUGUGCUAAUGGAAUUGUUUUUUCCUCUCCAGCUUGCUUUAAAUACACACACAGAGUUUUGUGUUUUGAUCUGCAGUAAUAUAUUCAGGGUUACACUGGCAUGGACAUUGCCGACAUCAGUUUCUUCAACAAUGGCCUUAAAUCAUCCCAAUCUUCACACCGUCCACUUCUGAGUGCAGUCACGGGUCUCACGUCGCUGCCGCUGUGUCAAAGAGCUUAUCGAUGGAUAUAGUGUAUUUCUAAAGUUUAAACAAAAUACUAGUUAAUGCCAAUAUUUUAAAAUGUACUUUUAAUUUGAAGCCUACUGUAUGUCCUAGUAUCAUUUUAUAACCGUUAUACUUCGAGAGAUGUAUGGAAAGUUGCAAUGAGUUAUUUUGUUAUUGCAGUGAAUGUUGGGAAUUGUGAAGAUAAUUCUGAAUAAAACCAUUUGAACACCAAA